CCCCUGGCCACCUCCUCUCCCUCCCAAGAGCUCCUUUAAAAGGAAGCCGUGCCUCCCCUUCUCUCUCCUCAAACCCAUCCACCACCAUGUUCCAUUCCUUCUACUGCAGCUCCUCCACGUACGGCGACUCCACCUUCCUCCCCUCGGUCUUCUGCUCCGCCGCCGUUCCUCACGCCCUCCUCUCCGACGGCAAUGGCUGCCUCCCACCUUUCCCUUCCUCCUCUCCUCCCUGUACCUCCUCUCAGUCCGCUUAUUUCCUGCACCGGAACAGCAGCAUCCACUCACUACCCAUUCACCACCACUUUCCCGACUCCCUCAGCCCCCCACCUCCUCUGCCGCUGCCUCCACUCUCAUCGUCUCCUUCUUCCUCCGCCUGCGACUACUCCGACUUCAACGUCGAUCCAGCACGGCGGGUCCUCAGCACCGGCGACCUCCAGGGGAUGAAUGCUCCGCACGAGAAUUAUAUCCAGGAAGAAGGGGCCGUUGCCGGGAGAGUACGGCCAUACAGUGCCGAGGAGAGGAAGGAAAGGAUCGAGAGGUAUCGCAGCAAGCGCCACCAAAGGAACUUCCACAGGAAGAUCACUUAUGCAUGCAGGAAGACGUUGGCGGACAGCCGGCCGCGAGUGAAGGGCCGGUUUGCGAGGAACGGCGAGCCGGAGACGGAGACGGAGACCGAGAUAGAGAUGAAAGCAGAUACGACGGCGGUCAAGAGCUUCGACUGCUGCGGCUACGACAACUACGAGGCAAAUCACGGCUGCAGCGCUGGCGGCGAUACUGGAGGCGACUGGUGGAGCCAGCUGCAGGCGGCGCUGGCGACGGACGACGAAGGCGAGAGCUCCUACGACGAGGACCUCUUAGCCAGCUUCACCGACGUCUUCUCCAUGAACAAUCUAUCCUGAGCCCUACAAAAGAACAAAGAGACAUGUGAAGGACUGCAAGGUCGGCCGCAGGUGCAGCAGCAGCAGCAGCAGCUGUAGUAGUGAAUACUUCUUGUGGUUUUCUGUCGCCAUUAAGCGCGACCUCAGGCAGCAGCCGGCAGUUUGAGUCAGGGUGUCGUCACUUCCCUUCCUCUCUGUUCUCGUCAGAUACUUCUAUAAAUGUCGCAGCUUUUCCA